ACUAGGAGCCUAGGAGAAGGCCCGUGCGCUGUCCUGCGCCGAACAACCCGCCGUCCGCCGCGUUCCGACUCCGUUUCUGUCUGUCUGUCUCUCUCGGCCCCCGUCUCUCUCUCCGACGACUGGUGUGCCGCCGCCGCCCCCGCCCUGCGCCUGGUGCUAAGGCCUUCGCCGGUCUCUUCGCCGGCGACGAGCACCCACCAGCUAUGCAUGGAUCUAUACGUGUUGAUGCCUUGAUGGACAGCUAAAAAGUUCCUUGAUUUCUAGCUGGAAAGGAGGGUUGUUUUCCUAAUUCCUACAUCUUGAUCAUUUGGAGAUUUUCCUGUCAUUCUAAUGAAGGUACAGGAGUUAUGUGACCAAGAUAUGUUGGUUGACCUGGAGAAAGGCAACUGCUUGCUAUCCAAAGAGGACAAUAGUGAGAUGAAGGUUAAUUCAAUAGCUGGGCAUGCAAGGACAAAGCCGCACAGCUCAUGGGAUGAUCUUGUAGCACUGAAGGAUGAUAAGAGUCACCACAUAUCUCGUUACUCUUCACACUGUCGAGAUUCAACUGUUAAAAGCGGAGAGCCUACGGCAUCUGAAGGGGAGAUCAAGGUUGGGCUUUUGGAUAAGUCAGCUGCUGAUAUGGAAAAGAAAAAAUGGUACAAGAAGCCACCACGACCUCCAAGACCACCGACUACUCCACCAUUAGACCCUGCUGAUCAGAAGCUCAUCAGUGAACUAUCGGAGCUUGCGGUGUUAAAGAGGGCUAGGAUUGAGCGAAUGAAGGCAUUGAAGAAGAUGAAGAAUUCCAAACCAGCAUCUUCCAUUGGGAACCUGGUGGCUUUGACCAUUACUGUUAUCUUCUGCUUCUUCAUACUUUGGCAAGGGGUUUUCUCAAGGCAUGGGGCGAGCAUAAGCUUUCAUAGGCCAUCUAUAUCAUCAGUCAGAAUGCAUGGUGGUCUUAUCUCCAUCCAGUUCUACAAGAAAAAUGUUGCAGCUAUAAGCUCCCACAGUUCCCCUGCAGCUCUAAAUAAUACUGGAGUGGGUACGAGGCUGGAAAUCCAUGGCGAGAUUAGGAGUGUCACUGAAUAAUUAGAUGGCUGGGCUUAACUGUUACCAUAGCCACGUUGUGUCCCCUUUGAUCUUGCAUAUGCUUCAGAAUCACCUUUGUCCGGUAUGCCCCCCUUGCCGUUGGCCCUGUACAGUGUAAACUGUUGAAAGGUGAAAAUACCCUUUGCGGAGUACUAGUGUUGUAAAUUAUCACGAGUUGAUUGGUGAUAUUUUGGUUGUGAUUUUGUUGAAGCCAUUUAGGAAGAGGAUACAGUGCCCGUUAAAAGUA